GUUUACAUGGCUCUCCAACCAAUCCCCUCGCCGUCCAGCGGCGACAGCCACUCUCCGUCUCCCGAGCUUCCAUCUGACGGGACGUCCGCCAACGCGUCUCCCGUAACUUCCGCCACACCUCUUUACGCUCCUCCGCCUGCGUCGGAUGAAGGCGACUCUCCCCAGGACCGAAGUACGAGGAGCACACCGACGCGUGCCAUGUCUGAUCUCACGCGCUCGUCCUCCGCCGGCAAGGGCGGCUGCUGGACGUGCCGCGUACGACGUAAGAAAUGCGACGAAGAACGCGAAGGCGACUCGUGCAAGACGUGUCUGCGGCUCCGCAUACAGUGCCUGGGCUGGGGGCCCAAGCGGCCCGACUGGAUGCGGGACAAGGAGAAGGUGGCGGCAUACAAGGCCAGCAUCAAGGAGCAGCUAUCGCGUAUGGGCCUCAUCCGCGGACAGCCACGGCAGCCCUGGCACUCCGCUGGCCUCUCCGCCUCGUCGCAACCCGCUACACCAGGGGUCGCAGGUCCAGGACCGCAGACGACGCUGCGACGCACAAUGAGUGCGCGCGAGACGACAUUCCGCCGCGACUCAUAUAUCGGUACCGGCGGCAGUGCGCCUUAUCAUAUCCCCGGGAUGUCGAGACCUAUAUCGGAUGCCGACCAAUGGGGUCAUAACGUCUCAGCGUCGUCGUCCCGCCACCAUCCUUCAGCCUCACCAAUGGCCUCGCUCCUCCACAACCACUCAACACCGAACAUCAACGAGUCGCUCUAUGGCUUCCCCUCGCCCCCAAUGCCAAUGGGAGCGGGCGACGACAUACCUUACACCGGCUUCCUUCCACAGCAAGGAAUGAGUAUCUCUAUGCCACCACCAAUGCCAGCGCCCCCCGCACCGACGGUCCGCAGGGAUGAAUACAUCUCAUAUUACUUCAAAUACGUCCGAGAGUUGCAAUAUGUAUUUGCGGGAGAGUCGCUCACGAACCUACUACUUCCUAUCGUCCAGGCGGACCCCGAUGGCGCCGUCGCCCUCUCCCUGUGCGCCCUCGCGGCGCUGCACCACGGACGGGCCCAGAUGGCGCGGAGCACGCAGCCCAUCCUCGAGGACCCCGACGCCGAGAACUCGCUCCCGCGGCAGUUCUACAACCGCGCGCUCUACCUCCUCAUGCACUCCCCACAGACCAACGGCACGGGCCAGUACUCCGACUCCGACGCGGUCACAGCUUGCCAGCUAAUCGCGUACUCGCUCCUGGGAGGCGGGUCCACCGACUGGGCGACGCCGCUCGACUACGCGUGCGAGUGGCUCGCCCAGACGGGCAUCUACAACGAAGAAAACCCGAAGCUCGCGCUGCUGAACAUGUCGCCUGCGGGCCGCUUCGCCGCGAAGGCAACGAUGUACGCCGACAUCUUCUCGAGCAUAACGCUUAUGCAGCCGCCGCGCUUCCUGUCGCUCUACAAGCGGCUCUUCGGGGGCGGCGCGGGCUUCUGGCCGAUCAACACAAGCCCGACGGCGCACGCGCAGCACUCGGAGCUGCGCAUGGACACCCUGUCCGGCUGCCCGGACGAGGCGCUGCUUGCGAUUGCUGAGAUAUCCGCACUAGCACAUUGGAAGGCAACCGAACUCCAGAGCGGUAGUCUAAGCAUGCGCGAGCUCAUCCGGCGCGGAGACGCGAUCGAGAAGGAGCUGAGGGAGAGGGCGAUGGGAAAGUCCGGAGAUAUUGAAGAUCUCAAGACACCGACAGUGGCGUCGUCGUCGUCCUUGGCAGGGGGUCUCGAUAUGCCUGCCGGGUUGGCAAUGGCGUCGUCUUCGUCGUUGAUGUCGUCGCCGCAGCCUGGAAUGUCGGGUGCCUCGAAGUCGACUAGGUCCCCAGUAGACAGCACGAAGCAUAUAAUUGGAGAGAUGUACCGGGAGGCAGCGCUCUUGUAUCUGCAUACAGUCCUCAGCGAUUCUUCACCAGGCGUACCCGAGAUCGCAACCAGCGUUGACCAAAUGGCGAAGCUCCUUAACGAACUCCCUCCCUCCCGAUACGACCGCGCACUCAUCUUCCCCCUCUUCCUCACUGGCUGCCUGACGGACAACCAGAUGAUGCGGGAAGUCAUCAAGCACCGCUUCUUCAUGCAGGACGCGACCAAUGGGAACAUCCUACUCGCGCAGACGGUGAUGGAUGAGGUAUGGAUCCAGCGUGCGAACGCGAUCCGCAUGACGCGCCAGGGCGAGCACCCGCGCCUCACGGACUGGAGGCAGAGCCUCCGCCUGCAGUGGGCGAGCCUCUUCCUGGCCUAGUGGACACGCAUCGCCGCCUUGUCCGCCCUAUAUGCGCCUGACCAUCCUCUACACACCUCCACAACCACCUGCGACAAUGCGCUGACGACGUUAUAUGCCAUCUUAUGACAUGCCUUCAGAAGAAAACGACGUACCUUUAUGGAACUCCCUAAUCUGCUCCUUCGAUUCUCUUCUACAUUCCAACUCCUCCUAUAUGCGUAGUAUACCCCGACGGGCAGAGGGCCCGUCUCCGCCAUCGCCGGCUCUGGAAGUCUUGUAUACGUCCAGCCUGGUUCAUGUAUCUUUUGGUUAGCUCUCUCCGUUCUGUGUCUCGGGUACUUUAAAUUAGGAUCGUAACAUGCCUUGUAUCAUCUCCGUCCUAUCCAAUUAUAUCCCCUGUUCCACCCUACAUCAUUGGCGUGUCCUCUUCGAUCAGACCGUGAAGUCGCGCGGAUGAAAGGGCAUACUGGGAAGGCUCAGUGAAGAACAGUGGAGGUGUGUGAACGGAAGCUUUCUGGGUCCCGAAAGCAACCAUGAGCUGCUAGGACGCUCACUUUCAUGGGCGGUCUUGAGCGCAGAGACCUUCGGAGUGGCUGUCGGCAUCCACAUAUGGAAGCGGAUCAAGUUUUGGCUACCCGGGCGGUUCAUGGGCGCUCAGCGCUCAGGCGUUCAGACGCCGCGCCGCGCACAGAGACAUGGAAACGCGGCGCGCGGUGGGACUUUGCUUGACGUGGGCUGCUGCUCUGCUCGCGAGGCCACCGAACGAGCUGUUCGGAGAGCGCGAGCGGUGGAUGGCAAAGUGGUAGAGGAUAGACGCAAAGCAGAUCAAUAUGUAUGGAAUGCGGCGCAGUUAGCAGUGGCAUCAUUGAGUGCAUUGCAUCCGGGCAUGUCGAUGUGCGCAGACUUG